AUGGUGGAUGAUUAUCCAUCAACCAGCACCACAACAGCCUUAGUGUUCACAAAUCGACUACUCAGGGAUAUAAAUGAUAUACUUCUUCAGCACGGAAAACAGAUUACACAAUACGAUUUGCCAGCUCUAACUCAUGAAAAUGACAAUGACAACUCGAUACCCAGAGUUAUCCAAGAAGAACUGUCUGUCGAAGUACCCCGGGAAGACCUAUGUUCCGUAACAAGAUUGAACAAUGACCAGUCUAAAGCUUUCAAGUGCAUUAUGAAUAGAAUUGAUCGAAGAGAAAGUGGAGUGUUCUUUGUUGAUGGGCCAGGAGGAUCAGGCAAAACAUUUCUUUACAGAGCUAUAAUUGCAGAAUUGAGAAAUAAGGGUCAUAUUGUCUUGGUAACUGCAUCAUCAGGAAUCGCCGCAACAUUAUUGCCUGGGGGUCGAACAACUCAUUCUAGGUUUAAGAUCCCAAUUAAUGCAGAACCAUCAUCCAUUUGCAACAUAAGCAAACAAUCAGAUCUUGCAAAGCUGAUUAGACAAACAACGGCAAUCAUCUGGGAUGAAGCACCUAUGGCAAAUAAAGAAUCGGUGCAAUCAUUAGACCGCACUCUGAGAGAUUUAUUAGCAAACGAUAUGCCAUUUGGAGGAAAAGUGAUGGUGAUGGGAGGAGAUUUCCGCCAAGUACUGCCUGUGGUACCGAAAGGUAGUAAGUCACAAAUGAUUUCAGCUUCUAUAGUUAAGUCUCAUUUAUGGGCUUCCACUAAAAUUCUCCAUUUGCGACAAAAUAUGCGAUCUUCUAAUGAUCAUGUUUUUGCUGAGUAUCUUAUGCGCAUUGGUGAUGGAAUUGAGCCCACCAUACAUGAAGACUUUGUACGGAUACAAGCAAAUAUGGCAAUUCCAUGGGAGGGUGAAACAUCGUUGCACAAGUUAAUAGAAGAAAUAUUUCCAAACUUACAAUCUCAUGGGUGGGACGCUUCUUACAUGGUAGAAAGGGCAAUAUUGACGCCAAAAAAUCAUGAUGUGCAACAGCUUAAUGAUAUAAUUAUCAACCAGUUUCCAGGAGAAGAACGAAAUUUAGUCUCAUUUGAUGAGGUAGAAGGAGAUGCUAAUAAUUUAUAUCAACAAGAAUAUCUUAACUCAGUUUCUACAGGCGGGUUGCCACCUCAUGUGUUGAAGGUAAAAAGAGGUGCACCUUUGAUGUUAUUGAGAAACAUAGACCCUAAGGCCGGCUUAUGCAAUGGUACAAGGUUACUAUGUCGUGGAACUUUUCAAAACAUGUUGGACGUAGAAAUUUUAACCGGUCAUCACUGUGGAAGAAGAGCUUUCUUGCCUCGGAUAAAACACAAAACAACAGAAAAUUCAGGACUGCCAUUUAUACUUAUCCGGAAGCAAUUUCCUGUAAGGUUGAGUUUUGCAAUAACAAUAAACAAAUCACAAGGACAGACCAUUCCUAAAGUAGGGAUCUAUCUCCCUAAACAUGUAUUUAGCCAUGGCCAAUUAUAUGUUGCUCUGUCUCGAAGUAUUUCUCAGUCAACUACAAAAAUUUUAGUCAAAGAAGGAAAAAUAGAUGGAACAAGUAGAAAAUUUACCAGAAAUGUAGUUUUCAAAGAAAUAUUGUUACCUUCCUCACAGGUAAUUUAUGUUCUUAGUAAGUAUGUGUAG